AUGGGAGAUAUAAAUGUUGAUAUACUGGAGCCAGACAGAAACACAGCAAAAUUAAACGAAAUGCUCGCUUACCAUAAUAUUCAAAGAGUUGAUCUGCCAGCCACAAGAAUUACUCCUAUAUCAAAAUCAUCUAUAGACUGGAUUGCUUCCAAUAUGAUCACUGAAGCACUUGACAUAUCAGUCUUUAACACUGGACUCUCUGAUCACACAGCCCAGAAGUGCACUAUCACCAACUUAGAGGAAAUAAAAACACCUAAAUCAGUGCACAGAGCAAUUGGAGGAAGAAACUUGGAUGAGCUGAAAUGGUUGUUAAUAAAUGAAAGGUGGGAAAAAGUGUAUACAUCUUUAAACUCAGAGGAAGCUUACAACAACUACAGAACCACGGUAACAAUAGCUCUGGACACUGCUUGCCCUCUUAAAACUGCCAGGACUAAAAAGACCAAACCUAAACACUUUGCAGAUGCAGAAGCAUUAAUUCUGAAGAAUGAUUACCUAGCUUACCUCAACCAGUUUGAAACCACAGGAAAUCUUGCUGACAGAAUCAAAGCGACAGACUUAAAAAAAAAGUAUGACCAAAGACUGAAGACCCUAAGAAGUCAAAGAAUCGCAGAUCAAAUUACCAACUCCCAAAAUAAGUCAAAAACAAUCUGGGAAACGAUUAAUAGUGUCCGAUCAAAAAAACAAGACACCUUACCUCAGCUCAAACUGACCAUCAAUGGACAACUUAUUGAAGACACAUAUGCUGUAGCUGAACAGUUCAAUGAUUAUUUUGCCAACAUUGCAAAAUACACCAUUGAUCGUAAUAAUGGCACUGCCAGGAGACCAGUUGAACUCCCUGGAGGGACUCACACCAGUGAACUCAGAUCAUUAAGACCCACAACCCAAGAGGAGUUAAGAUCAAUUAUUAAAAGCUUAAAAUCCAAAAACUCAGCAGGAAUUGACGACAUAUCCACAAAAGUACUAAAGCACUGUGCAGAAGAACUAAUUUGCCCCCUCACUGACAUCUUCAAUAAAUCUUUCAAUGAAGGCCACGUUCCCUCCGCUUUAAAAAUAUCCAAAAUAUAUCCAAAAUUUAAGACUGGUAGUAGAACAGAAUUAAGCAACUAUAGGCCCAUAUCCUUACUCCCAACGGUCGCAAAACUCUGUGAAAAAGUAGUACUCACCAGGCUUCUAGAACACUGUACACUCAACAACCUGAUAACAAGCUCUCAGCAUGGGUUUGUCAAAGGUAAAUCAACUACCACAGCAAUGAUUGAAUUACUAGAAUCAGUAAUUGACAGCUUAGAAAAUGGGAACCUAACUACAGCGAUCUUCCUCGAUUUCAGCAAAGCGUUCGACUGCUUAGGACACGACCUCAUACUGAAGAAACUGAAUGCACUGGGUGUAACAGCAACGGCCCUAAAAUGGUUUGAGAGUUACCUCAAAGACCGUAGUCAAGUAGUUGAAAUUAAGUCUACAGUAAAAGGAACCACCAAGGCAUUUCGGUCGCAACCUCUGCCAAUCCAAAGAGGUGUGCCCCAAGGAUCUGUGCUGGGCCCAGUGCUGUUCAUUCUUUUUACUAAUGACCUCCCAGAAUACUUAAGUGAAUACACUAAAACUUUGAUGUACGCAGACGACACAACUUUAAUCCUCGACAACCAUUCUCCUGAAAAUCUGUGCCUGAAUGCUUAUAUUGCUGUCAAUAUGGCAUAUCAAUAUUGUGAUGGAAACGACUUAGUGGUGAACCCCUCCAAAACUAGCCAAUUAGGAUUUGGAAGAAGAUCAGGGCAAAUAAACUCCUUACCAGAAGUGAACUUAGUUGACCAAACCAAAUUCCUUGGGGUUUUAGUUGACUCUAACUUAUCUUGGACCCCUCAUAUUGACCAGCUAUGUAACAGACUGAACUCAAGCUUGUAUGCCCUCAAGCAGAUCAAAGCUAUCGGAGAUCUGACUACUGCACGUAUUGCCUACUUCGCUCUGUUUGAGACACACAUAAGAUAUGGACUGGCUGUAUGGGGAGGAACCUCAAAAACCAACAUGAACAGAAUUCUAAUCCUCCAAAAAAAGGCAAUUAGAAUCCUUGCAAACCUUCAUCCCCUGGAAAGCUGCAGAGAGGCCUUUCCAACCCUAAAUAUCUUGACUGUGACAGCUCUCUAUAUCCAAGAACUCGUGAUGUACGUGGACGGAGAAAACCUUACAAGGCUUGAAGACAUUCACUACUACAACACACGCAACUCAACAAUGUACCAACUUCCCACUCACCACUUAACGCAGUAUGAGAAGAAACCGACCUACAUGGGAAGAAAGCUGAGCAACUGCCUACCAACAGAAAUACGGACGAAGAAGGGAAAAGAACUGAAGACUGCACUCUGGAAACUACUCUCUCAACGGGCCAUCUAUACACUUCAAGAAUUCUAUCUGGAUGUCUCAAACUAUCAGACAAAUCAUGAAUUUUGA